CACGCGACUGGACCAACACAGCCGGACGAUGUUUACAUAAGAAAUUGCCAUUGAAUCGAUGCGGCCAAUCAUUCACAGGCAGAAGUUCAUUAUAAGGUGAGGUGAUAGCUCUCCAACAAUUCAGCUGGAGAAUCAAAGCCGUUAGCCAGAGUUUUUUGAUAACCAGGAAUAAUCGAAGAAUGGUACUGUAGGAAUUCACCCCCAAGAAAGUGCUGACGGAAGCAGUGACCUUCGUUCGGAAUUUUCCUAAAACGGCCUCUCUCGGUUGCUGUAGGAGUAAGCCAAAAGAGUCUGUUUCCAAAACUCAUAUGUUUCACUGGGUACACACAUCGCUUGAGGCCUUGUUUGCGUAUACUCCAUAAGAAACGUGACGAGAUCUCUGCUGUUCCUCACCACCGAGAAGGUAGAAACGUAAUCAGUAAACAGCGACCCAGCUGCUGGCUGGCGAGAAAGAGUUAUUAACAACUGGAGGAACCCUCCGAAUUUUGACCGGAGUCUGCGAGUCGCCUGAGUUGAAUCGUUUGCGUGGCUAGAUCUAGCUAGGUUACUAAUGCCAACAGGUGCGGGCUUGGAUAUUUUAUUAUACUGUUCGUAAAACAAACAACACCAACAACAAUGAAGGCAGCUUUGGCUAUUUUGUUGGUUUUUGUUGGCUGCUGCAGCAAUGUGGUGUUUCUGGAAUUACUGGUCAAAAUCGAUCCCGGCUCCGGCAACCUGAUAACGUUCCUUCAGUUCCUAUUCAUCGCCAUCGAGGGUUUCCUGUUCACAUCGAAAUGUGGCACCGUAAGACCGCGGAUAGGCCUCAAGGACUACACCAUCCUGGUGGCUAUGUUCUUCGUGGCCAGUGUGUGCAACAACUACGCGUUCGACUUCAACAUCCCGAUGCCGCUGCACAUGAUUUUCCGGGCGGGCUCGUUGAUCGCCAACAUGAUCAUGGGAAUUAUCAUUCUGCGAAAGCGUUAUGCCUUCUCCAAAUAUCUUUCUGUUGGUAUGAUCUCGUUGGGUAUUGUGAUUUGCACGAUUGUUUCCGGUAAGGAAGUUAAGAGCACCCAAGUUCUGCCGACUGAUGAACCGGAAGAUCCGGUAAAAGUAUUCUUCUGGUGGACUAUCGGCAUCUCGCUGCUCACGUUGGCGCUGUUCGUAUCGGCCCGGAUGGGAUUGUAUCAGGAAGUGCUUUAUAAACGAUACGGCAAACAUCCUAAGGAAGCCCUGUUUUACACGCAUCUGUUACCGUUACCGUUUUUUCUCAUUCUAACGUCCAACAUUUGGGAACAUAUCAAACUAGCAAACGCAAGCCCACUUUACGAUGUUCCCGUUCUGAACAUUGGAAUUCCGAUCACGUGGGUUUAUUUGCUGGGCAACGUACUGACGCAAUACGUCUGCAUCAGUUCUGUCUACGUGCUAACUACGGAAUGCUCCUCACUAACCGUUACUUUAGUGGUUACCCUGAGGAAGUUCGUUUCGCUUCUGUUUUCGAUCGUCUAUUUCAGCAAUCCGUUCACAAUCUACCACUGGAUUGGAACGCUGCUCGUGUUCAUGGGAACAAUUAUAUUCACCGAGGUUGUUGACAAAGUAAAACAAGCUUUGGUCCCAAAAACCGCCACAAAGAAAACUAACUAAACCUGGUUUGUUGGGACUAUUUUUUUUUUAAAGUUCCAUUUUAAAUUUCUCGGUUGCAUGUAUUUCCGGUUUGAGCAGCCGUUCAGGGAUUGUUUUAUGUUGAGUGUUUUAUUGUUUUUAUUGCCUCGAGAGAUCAAUUUUGUAUAAGUUAUCGACAUGAAAGCUCAAAGUUUAAAUUGGAUAUAAAAUAACGGAACUUCAUCGAAAUUUAUUGUUUUCAUUAACACUCUUCACUAUAAAUUAAAGAAAAUUUAACGGUUUCCAGCUCCUACACACAUCCCAAAUUAGAGCAAUUGCACCGUGGGUUUUUGUACCGACUAUUAAUUCAAAAUCAAGCACAACUAUUCGAAGCGCGAAAACAGUAUAAAUACCAAAUAAUAAGCCUUGCAGAAAUCAAUCGAUGCAGAUCCUCUUAUAAGGUUACCAGUUACUAAUAAUCGGACAGCUUUGUUUACACGUAUAAACCGCACAGCCUCACAUGCCAAACGGGAUAACUUUUUUCCACGUUUUACAACCUGGUUUUCAAAGUACAAGAUACAAUGGAAUCUUCCAUCAGAACUACCAUUGCUAAAAGAGUUGCUAUUAGAUUUAUACAAUUUUCCAUUUACUGUUUUACACAACUAAUUCGCACCUUUCACCGUUAUCUGCUCUGUUGAAAAGAGCGCAAAGUAGAUUGUAGUCUUUUUCCCAAGAUUUCCACAACGAAACACAUAAACAUCCAUCCAAGAAUCAAAUUAGAUUUGGUUAAUAUUUAAAGUUAAAACUGUUUGCGUUUUUUUAUUUAAUCAAUCAUUUGCCAGUAGCGUAGAAAAUAAAUAAUAAAAUUUUCGUA